CGCCUCAGCCACCGCACAGAGCCGAGCCGGAUGCCAGCACGACGACUCGCGCCUCUCCUCUCGAACCGGCGCCGCCUCCUCCGCUCCCUAAACCCUAGCCCCACCAUGCCUCCGCCCGCCGCCGCCCACCUGACCACGGCGGCCGACCCCGACGAGGACAUCUGCUCCAGCCCCGCCGCGGCCGCGGCCGCCGCCUCCGAGGAGGAGGCCGCGCCCCUGCCUCCUCCGCCGGCGACCGCGGAGGAGAGGGUGGAGCGCGCGUGGGCGCACUGGAGGCGGCUGGGCGCCCCGCGGCUCGUGGUCGCGCCCAUGGUGGACAACUCCGAGCUGCCCUUCCGCAUGCUCUGCCGCCGCUACGGCGCCGGCGCGGCAUACACGCCCAUGCUCCACUCCCGCAUCUUCUCCGAGAACGAGAAGCACCGGGACAUGGAGUUCACCACCUGCAAGGAGGACCGCCCGCUUUUUGUUCAGUUUUGUGCCAACGAUCCUGACAUUUUGUUACAAGCUGCAAAGAUAGUGGAAGGACAUUGCGACUAUGUCGAUAUAAAUUUUGGAUGCCCACAGCGCAUUGCCAGACGGGGAUAUUAUGGGGCAUUUCUUAUGGACAACCUUCCCCUUGUGAAAUCCCUUGUGCAAAAUCUAUCGGAAAACCUUCGUGUUCCAGUCGCAUGUAAGAUCCGCAUAUUCCCGCGGCUGGAAGACACACUAGCAUAUGCAAAGAUGAUUGAAGAAGCUGGCGCUUCUCUUGUCGCUGUGCAUGGACGGACAAGAGAUGAGAAGGAUGGGAAGAAAUUUCGAGCUGACUGGGAUGCCAUUAAAGCUGUCAAAGAUGCUUUGAGAAUACCUGUGCUUGCAAAUGGUAACAUUCGCCACAUGGAUGAUGUAAAGAGCUGUCUGGAACAUACUGGUGCAGAUGGAGUGCUUUCAGCUGAACCUCUUCUGGAAAAUCCAGCAUUAUUUGGUGGUUUCCGGACAAAGGAGUGGAAAGAAGAUGGCGAUGAAGAUAGUGGUUUGGACCAGGCUGAUCUUGCCAUUGAGUAUUUGAAACUUUGCGAGCAAUACCCAGUGCCAUGGAGAAUGAUUCGAUCACAUGUCCACAAGAUGCUGGGGGACUGGUUUAGAGUGCAUCCACAGGUGAGAGAGGAAUUCAAUGCGCAGAACAAGCUCACUUUCGAGUGGUUGCAUGAUAUGGUAAAGAGGCUGAAGGAACUUGGUGGUGGAGUACCCCUUUACAGAAACAAGAGCACUUCACAGCAUAACUCCUCGAACGGGUUAGCUGCAAGUAGUGCUUGAUGAUACCCUUCAAUUUUCCAAUCUACAGCUUACUGAAUUAUCGAGAAAAGUGAAAGAUGAAUUGCAAAGCAUCAAAGCAUGAGGUAUUAACUUGUAAUAGUAUAGAUUGUAGCAGCAUUUUUGUGGUGGAACACUCAGAUUAGUGGCAAGCAUCAUGAGUAGUGUUACUAAAGAAAAGAAACCACUACUAGGGCAAACAAAAUGAUUUUGAAGGAGGAUAUUUCAGUGGAUGCUUAAUUGAUUUGUUUUGAGUGUCCGCGCUGGAUCGUCUUAUUUGUUGUAACAACCCAUGUGUACAUUUUGCAGACAUAAUUAUACGGUUUGAGAUA